ACCCUACGGAAUCGGUAUCCGAGCACACCUCUCAAACAAAAUAGACCUCAUAUACUCCACUCCCCUCCUCACAACAUCACCAAAAUCCCAUCUUUAUUAAUAUAUCAUACCCCAGACCCUCAGAUCAUCGAUUUUGGAAACAAACUUAUAUCCACCCAUGCUUCUUUUCGAAAAUGCUUUGCUAUGGUUACAGUGGUAAGGCUUAUACCAAUCAAUCAUCUGGUCUGAGGCACAACCUUAUGCAUUUCUAAAUAUCUGACAUGUCUGACUGAAUGUAUGGAGGUCCGAGAUACAUUUUUGGGAAGAUUCUCAAACUUCUAGAGAAGGAAAGAUGAAAAUAUGAUUGGGAACUUCGGAUGAUUACUUCUUCUAUAAGUAGAAGGGGAAAGGCAGGUAAUUUGUUAUUUUUUAUUCGUUUUUUUGGUUUCGUUGAUUAAUACUUUCUUUCCAUUGACACAUCCUGUCCAUUUUUCCAUCUUCACCCAAUCUUGCGUAUUAUUAUUUUCAUUAUCAUUAUCAUUAUUCAUCGAACAGGCUUCGACAUCCUCAUUCUAAACAACUAAUCAUACAACCCAACACCCAACACCCUAGUCUCUAACCUAUACCCUAAUACCCAAAAAUGCGUAUCUCGGUCGCCGUUGUCCUCCUGCCAUUGGCUCUCGCCUUGCCAGUACGUAUCUCCCACUUCACAAUUCCCUAUAAACACUAUAGAUAUCCUAACAAAACCCUAGACAAAACGUCAACUCAAUAAUCUUCUCGGUGGCGCAACAGGCACAGGAACGGGUACCUCGACAGGAGGCGCUGAUCUCUUAUCUGGACUUACUGGAGGAGGGGCCGCGCCAGCAGCUGGUGAUAAGGCAGCUGGUGAUAAGGCAGCUGGAGGUAAGGCAGCUGGAGGAGCUACGGGAGCUGGGGGUUUGGUGAGUUUUUACUUGCUUUUGCGUUUUGUUACUUGCUGGAUUGAGGAUGAGUGCUGAUGACUUGGUAGGAUGCACUUUUUGCUGGGUUGACGGGUGGUGCAGGUGCUGGUGCUGGUGCUGGUGCAGGGGUGCAGGGGUGCUGGGGUACUGGGGGUGGCGCGGAUCUCCUUUCUGGUUUAACUGGUGGUGCUUGAGUUUUGAGGUGGGAAUAUAAAGGGGUUGAAUGGGAAGGCGUGGAGAAUUGGAAUUCUUGCGACUUGGCUGAGAUGAGGCGAUGAGGAGACGAGAAAACGAGAAUUUUCACUUAUACCCUGUUAGAAAGAUUCGAUUGUAUUCGGACAGCGAAAAAAAUGUUAUAUUGAGAUUUCCUGGAACUUGUGCAAUGAGUAUGAAUGAUUGCUUUGAUUGCGUUGACGGGAUUUGUAUUCGUGAGUGGAUAGGCGAA